CCCGCCGCGCUCAUGGCGGGAGUGCACGGAGUCCCGCCGAGCGCCCCGCCGCCGCGGGAGCUGGCGCCGCUGCCCCUGGGGGCCCGGGAGCCGGAUGGCGACGGCGGCCGGGGUACGGCUCGUUGAGCGGCGCUGUUGGCCGGCGGGGGCGCUGUGCGGGGCCGCGGGGCCUGGCAGCCCCGGCGGCGGGCGCCGAGCGAGCCGGGCGCCCGCAGCCCGCGGGGAGCCUGCCCGGCGCGGCUCGGCGCUCCGCGGGCCCCCGCGCAGCUCCCGGGCAGCGGCUCUCCGCUCGGCGGGGCCCGCCUCGCCCGGCCCUGGCCGCGGGCCGCCGCGGAGCCCUCCCGCGCCCAAACUUUGCAAAGUCUGCUCGCUCCGCUGGUGGGGCGGCGGCGGCGGCUACGGCAGCAGCGGGCGGGGGCGGUGGCGGGGGAGGCGGGGGAGGAGGGGGCGGGCCGCGGGCCGGCGGUGGCGGCAGCAGCAUCAAAGAGCCCCGAUUCCUGCCGCCCUGGGAGCCAUGCGCUGCGGUCUGUAAUGUCAGCGGAACAGGAGAAGGACCCCAUCGCGCUGAAGAGAUCCCGAGGUGGUGACAGUGGAUUGGAUGGGUUAGGAGGACCAGGAGUACAACUUGGAAGCCCUGAUAAGAAAAAGCGCAAAGCAAAUACACAGGGAUCAUCAUUUCCUCCUCCAUCUGAAUAUGCUCCACCGCCGAAUCCAAGCUCUGACCACCUUGUAGCUGCAAAUCCUUUUGAUGACAACUAUAAUACUGUGUCUUAUAAACCACUUCCUUCAGGAAAUCCAUAUUUUAGUAAUCCUGGUUAUCCUGGCUUUGGAGGCUAUAACACUUUCAGAAUGCCACCUCACAUGCUGCCCAGAGUGUCCUCACCAUAUGGUGGUUCUUACUCCCUCAGAAACCAACCACAUCCCCUUCCUCAAAACCCAGUGGGAAUGGGUUUCAGUCGACCCCACUCUUUCAGCUUUGGUCCACACGAUAACCCAGGUUUUGGGAAUCAACCACCUUAUAGCAGUGGUCAGAUAAAUCAAAACGUCACUAUGCCUGGUCAGCAUUUCAGACCAAAUCCUGGUGAGAACUUUGGCCAUUCUGGUCAGAUACCUCACCCUGAUGUGCCAUCUAACUUUGGUCCUGGAAACAAUCCAAAUUUCCCAAAUUCUCAGCUAGAGUCAAACCAUUCUUUUGUUCCUCCACCAAACACUUACAACCAGACAAAAUCAUCAGCACAAAAGCAAGACUUUAGUCAAGGUGCGAGCAAAGCAUCCAACCAGAACACUACUGCUCAUCAGCAUCAUCACAGGCCAGAGGACAUUGUGAGUCAAGGUAACAGCGACCUAAAAAAUGUUACUCGAAACAAUGUGGUAAACCAGGAUAAUAGCCAUUCUAAUAGCACUGAUAACACUAAUGCUGGUCACUCAAAUGGGACUCAGAGUAAGUCCCGCCAGCCUCGAGGUGCUGCUGAAGGAUGCAACUCUGAAAAGAGCAGCAAAACACCCCUUCAUCCCAGUCGUCAUGGUCACUCGUCCUCUGAACCCGUCUAUCCAUGUGGAAUUUGUACACAUGAAGUCAAUGAUGACCAGGAUGCCAUCCUGUGUGAAGCCUCUUGUCAAAAAUGGUUUCAUCGGAUCUGUACAGGCAUGACUGAGUCAGCUUAUGGCCUUCUUACAGCAGAAGCAUCAGCAGUGUGGGGUUGUGAUACUUGCAUGGCUGACAAAGAUGUCCAGUUAAUGCGUACAAGAGAGACUGCAGGGCCACCUGCACUGAAUACGGAUGGCUAACAACAUGAAUUGGUGGUAGUGGUUGAAAUACUUGCUGUGAAGAUUUGGUUACAAAUUGCGUACUUCACUUUCUGCAGACAAUCAGUUGUGUUUGAUUGCUGUCAUCUUUUUUUUUCUUCCCUAAUCUGUUUUCAUUCAUAAAUUUCCAUCUCAGCUUUUGUACUCUUAGUUUUGUGCGUGCAAAUGUUUUACAGGAUGGAUUUUUUUUUUGUUUUGUUUCUGAUUAAACUGUAAAAUACAGCUGACCACUGAUCAUAAGUAGGAUAUGCAUUGACAAUUUUAUCGAAGGCAAAAAUGUGCCUGCAUGAGUAGCCCCUAAUUUGCUAGUGUUAAUGUGUUAACUAACACUGGCAUUUAGUGCUCGGUUUUAAUGGUACUAUAUUUGCAAGUACUCAUUACAUUUUAUUUUUGGGGAGUGAAUGUCCAUUACUGAUGUUCUUGCUAUCAUUUCUUUGAAUAUAGUGGAGAUGACAUGGAGGAAUGUGCAGUAUUAAUAGUUUUUGUUUUGGGGUAAAUACAGAGAUUUUCACAUGUGCUUUUUCCUAUUUUUGAAGUAACAUACUAGUCAAAAACUGAUGACUUCAUGCUUAGUAACAUAAUGAAACCUGCUAACUCUCUAAUACAAAAGCAUUUGUAUUUCCUUGAAAAGUCAAUUGUUUCUCUAACUUCUCAGCAAAUGCUUGCUGAAGACUCUUGCUAGGUCUUGCAGUAUUUGGAAAUAGUUACAAAAUAUGAUGAUUACAUUGGAAAAAGAACACAUCAAGUUUAUGAAGCCCAGUGCUUUAAAUCUAGAGAAUACCAAAACCAGGGUUGCAUGUGUAACCUUAAUUCAUUUAUCUUAAGCACAUACAUUAGGAUACAGUCUCUGCAUCUGUCAUGGUUGUGCAAUUAUGCAUUUCUCUCAUCCCUUGUUGUUGAUGGUUCUACUCUCUGCCUCAGUGCUGCCUGAGAAUUGUGAAUGAACUAGUGCAGGGAAAGCCUGGCUCAUCUUCAAGGACUUUCAGCUAGGGCCUGCUCAGUUGUCCUGAGCUUACAGAGUCCACUUGGCAUAAAGGAGCGCGCAAGGCAAUGGAGUGUGCUCAGCACAGGCUCUGCAUUAAAAGAUAAUGUGGCCAGCAAAGUAAAACUGAAUUCCUGCCACUGCUUCAGCCAGUCUUGCAGUGAGGGGGUAAAGAAAAAGAAAGCUUUCGCAUCAGGUGAGUUUAGCUUGUGUCAGGAGCAAGUAAUCAGAAGUUUAGUUUCUUUGCUAAACUUGGUAUUCUACUGACAAGUAUGUAUGGCGCUAGAGCUUCAUGUGUGAUACUAAGAAUUAUAUUUUAAUAUGGGUAAUUUGACCUUAUUCUUUAUUCUUGAUCUCAAACCCACCUUUUUUCUUUUUCUUUUUUUUCCAUGUGGGGAAACAUCUAGCCUUGAAGACUUCAGCCUUAGCAGUGUGAUAAAGUUGCAUGUGCAACUGAAAAUCAGUGUUUCUGUAGAGAUAAGUGGUGUUUUAACUUAAUAAAAGGUGGCACUGUAAUAACAGACUCUGAUUGUAAUACCACUGUGCUGGAAACUUUUAGUUUUUAAACAGUCAGCAAUUAAAGCAUAUGUCAGGCAUUACAGGCAUUAGUCAUGUUCCUUAAUGUGAUAAAUUGUUCAGGUUUGUGGUGAUGAGUGAUGUAGGAGCCUCUGUGGAAUACAGUCAUCUGUAUAAAGAGGUAGUUUUUAUGGUAAGCUAUGCUAAUGAGUGAAAAGUGAGGCCUGUUUGCUAGUUCACCGUUGUGUUUGAUUUUAAAUGGGCUCUACUGUGGUACUUUCCUAGAAGAUACUGUGCAGAUCCACAUAACUGUCUUUGUUUUACUUUAAAAGUGAAAAGUUUUAUAUACUGCUUUACCAGAGAAGUGCAGAUUUCCCUCCUUUUUUGUCUUGCCUCUCAUUAGGAAAAAGGCAAUAAUGUCUAAAGUGUAAAUGGCAGGAUUCAUAUCUUGAGGAUUUCCUUUGUGGAGAUGUAAAGAAAGCAUAAGGCAGAUUCAGGGUUUCUGCUUUCAUCACUAUUUGCUUUAUUUAGUACAGAGACUAAACUUAAUUUUGUUGUUAGAGGUGUGAUAUUUAAAAACAAACAACAAAAACCCAACAAGCAUCUACAAGCAACAAUCUAACCUCUGUUAGGUUUAUUCUUCCGUAGUUUUCCUAAUGACUGACUGACUGUUAGAAUUUACUUUUUGUACCUAUAGUAGAUAUUAAACCAAACCUUGUUUAGAUAGAUUUGUUCCUCUGGGACUCAAUUUAAUCUCUGCAAAAAAUUGCACUCUGAAGAGAGUGGAGCUGGUUUAGACCUACAGCAAUGUAAAUGAAGUAAAAACAUUGCACUCAAUGAAAAUUCAACACCAGCUCCAAUGAUGCUGUUGUUACCCAAGUGUGCUGUUCACAAUACCUUCCCCUCUCCCACACCUCAUUCCUGUUGUGGGAACGUGGCUCGGGCAUUUGUUCUCAGAAGUCCAAUUAAUGUUUUAACAUUUUGGAACAGACAUUGUAUUUAAAAUAACCAUGUAUUUCUUAAUCUCUUCCUCAACCCUACACAAAGUUAGGCAAGUGUUUUCUGUGUUAGGUAGCAAGAUAUUGGAAUUUAAAUGUAAUGUUCUUACACACUUAAAAUCAACUGGAAUAUCAUCUUAAAAGGCCUUAAAUUCUGUAUUUGUGAAACUUAGCAUAACAGUUUGUUUCAGUUUUUCUAAACUGCUAUUAUGUUGGGUUUGUAACCCAGUAAAUUUUCUGUGUUUAUUAACCUAUAAAUACAAGGCAUUAGCAAAUGCCAGUUAUACAAAAUAAAAACAAAUGAACAAGAAAACCAGACUUGUUACUACACUGAUGACAGAGAUAUGACUGAUCAGGAUCUCCGAAAGUCAUCCAGCCAAUAUGCUUGCCCUACUGAUAGGUGCUGGACAGACCUGGACUCUGUCUAGAGGGAGGGUUAUACUUUGUUUCUCUCUGCAUGUAUUUACUAGUAGUAGUUCAAGUAUGCACAGGGAAAACAACAAUCAUGUUUUGUUAGUAAGGUACUAGGAAAAUGUCAGCUGGUUAGAAUUAGAAAUUAGUUAUAGAAGGGUGGGUGGGAGGGAGGGUUGAUUAGAAUAGGUGAGGGUUUUUUGUAAUACUCUACAUGAAACAAUUUGUAUUGAACUAUCAUGUGCUUCUUUCAUUACUAGUGAUUUAGACUGCACUGGUGCUGCACACCAAAAAUAUUGCAAAGAUUUUGUAAAUCUUACAAACCUUAACAUUUUUAUGCGAAAUGCCUGUGUCCUUUUUAAAUAGCUCCUUGUCGUGGUCAGAAACGAGCCCAUAUUGCCCAAAAUGUUCUCCUCUCCCUCAGGCUAAAAUAAAUAGAUACAGACUGUCCUUAACACUUAGGGUUUUUUUGCCAGAGACCAGUUUUAAAUGAGAAAAUAUGUAAUUUGCUCUUUAAAAUCCUUGUUUUAUUGUUGUCAGGGUAAGUGACAGUACUGCGUAUAGGCUAGAGGGUAGAUGUCAAAAAUCCUGUUUCUGGCUGUUUUACCGAUCCCUUCUACAACUUGAGCCAAGCAGGUUGGUUGGUUGUGCCUCAGUUUCUGCCCUCAGAAGAUUGGACUAAUGCUUACUUGCCAAGGUUGUUUAGAGGCCUAGUUUUAUUUGAGAUCUUCAAAUGAAAGAGACUAGAGAAAAGUAAUAAAGUUACUAUUUAAAACAAAAACAUAAUUUUGGGGGCUGCUUAUAGAAAUACAUACAUUGUGACCUCUCAAGUUUUUCAUCUAAGAACCAGUUUUGUAAUCACAUUUUUCAGGCUUAACUUCUAGCAUGUGAGAACUAGCGGUCAGUGGAACUGCAUGCACACAUCAAGAACGUUUCAAAGUGUUUGCAGUUUGGGGCCUAUGAUAUUUGCAAGUGAAAUGCUUUGUAUGGUUUGAGAUUUUUACAAAAUCAAUGGUGUUCAAAUGUAGCACCUUUUAAACAUUUGUCUUCAUUCCAACUUAAUACAAUAACACAUCUGCAUUAAAUAUAUCCCUUUCAUUUUAUAAAUAAACAUUGCCUGGCAGUAAAAGUAUUGGUGUAACAUUUUCAAAUAAGGAAGUCAUGCUUCUUAUCAUGUUGUAUGUGACUUAAAUGACUGUUUCAUAUUAAAACUAAUCUUUCCUUAUGUACUGCUUAAAUAUACCUGUUUUAGGAUAUCAGUUCAGUACUUUUUAUACAAUCUUGAAUGUGUUCCACAUUGGUGACAUGUAUUUUUGCAACAACUUUUUUGUUUCAAUUUUAAAUUAGAGCAUGUCUGAAGUAAUACAUGCAUUAGUGCUGUGGUGUGUGGCAAAGUUAAUGUAUGUAAUUCAAAUUGGAAAAAAGUUUCCAGACUUUGUCCAACAUUAACCCUGUGGCCAGGGAUUAAAUUACUAUGUAAUACAAAUUAUUUCAUAUCAUGAUGUGUUUUAAGCUACUCUAUGAAGUAUGUGAAACAUUAUUGUUUAUGGAUUGGUAGCUGGUGUGGUAUCUUGCAUAGAAUGAGGUAUGAUAGAUCGUAGCAAUUCAUGAUAAUUAAACUGACUACCUUUCAGAACACGCAGCACUUAUGUGCAUUGUCAUCUUGUUGCCACAACUGUUAGUAUGAGUUUCAUAUUAUUAUCCUAUGACAAAUGGGUGAACAUCUGGUUGUACGCUCAUGGGUGUGAAAAUUCUGUUCUAACACUCUUUACUUGGUUUACAGAACAUGCCGUUUUUUUCUCUAUUGGAUGUGAUUAGAUGUAUGCAGGAGGAUGUAGAACUGGAUGUAUUUUAAAGUUAUUCUGCAAUUACUAAGUUUUGUCUGAAGCUUUCUAUAUUAGAAUAGACUCUUCCUUAAAAUUGGAAAAUUAAGUGUACUUAGCAGAACUCUUAAGGCAAUAUAACUAUCCUACGCUACAUCUUGAGUUAUGCACAUUCACUUCUUUGUAUGGAACUCCUCUGAUUUCUUGUGGGCUUAAGUUUUAUAUGGAAAUAAAGGAUCCCAUUAGUGCCCUA